GAUAGGAAUUUUACACAUGGGUUUUCUACUCUGAAUCAUUUAGAACGGAAAAGCAAAUGUAAAAACAUUUUUUUUCUUUGAAUUGUUUCUCACUUAUUGAUGAAUUAAAAGAAAAGUGGCUACCAUGACAACAGAUGAGGCAGAGAGUGUGCAGAAGCAGCAGGUACGUGAGCAGCAGCAGGAAGAGGAGGAGACUGGAGUUCAGGAGCCUGGACCCUCUGAAGCCCGGCUAGACGAACUUUCUGGCUCACCACCUGGAGGCUCGGAGGUACAGCAGCAGCUAAAACAACGUCAGCGCACCUCAGCUGGCCGUGGCCUCUCUCGCCUCUUCUCCUCCUUCUUGAAGCGCCGCUCCCAGUGCUCGGAGGAGGAAGGGGCUGACGCGGAGAGGGGGCCGGCCAAGGAGGGCCAGGACGACCCUAAAGCCCCCAUUGCAGACCCCGAACCCGAGCUACGUAUCGAGGGUGACACAGCACUAGACCUACACUCCAUCAGCAGUGCUGAGAACCAGGUCAUAGUGGACCAGAAAGACAAAGCAGAGGGGGAGGGAGGGAGGGGGGAGAAAGGGGGAAAGAAAGAGAAGAAGGACAAACUGGAAAAGAAACAGAAGACAGCAAAGAAGGAAAAAACUGAGCAAAAAGACAAGAAGGAGAAGAAAAAGAAAAACAAGGCCAAAAAGGAGGAAGGAGAGAAAGAGAAGGAGCGUGAGAAAGAAGAAGAGAAAGAGGCAGAGGAGCCCAAGCCUGAGGAAGCAGCCGCCGCAGCAGAAGCUGGCGAGGGAGAGGGAGAGGGAGCAAAAGAGGAGGCGAAGGCAGCCGGAGAAGAACCAAAGGCCCCUAAAGCCCCCCGCCGAGCCCGGGUCAUGCACUGCACAGUCACCCUGCUGGAUGACACACUCUUUGAAUGUGAAUUGGAUAAACAUGCCAAAGGCCAGGAGCUGUUUGUGAAAGUGUGUGACCACCUGAACCUGCUGGAGAAGGAUUACUAUGGCCUCGCCAUAUGGGAGACACCAACCAUUAAGACAUGGCUUGACUUCACAAAGGAGAUCAGACGCCAAGUGCAAGGAGCCAGCUAUGAGUUCACAUUCAAUGUGAAGUUCUAUCCACCUGAUCCAGCCCAGCUGUCUGAGGACAUCACCAGGUACUACCUGUGUCUGCAGCUCCGUAAGGACAUCCUGAGCAUCCGGCUGCCCUGCUCCUUCGUCACACUGGCCCUGCUAGGCUCCUACGCACUGCAGUCGGAGCUGGGCGAGUACGACCCUGAUGUGCAUGGGUCAGACUAUGCCAAAGAGCUCCGACUCAUCCCCAACCAGACCAAAGAACUGGAGGACAAAGUCAUGGAGCUCCAUCGCACAUACAGAUCCAUGAGUCCUGCUCAAGCUGACAUGAUGUUUCUGGAGAAUGCCAAGAAGCUCUCUAUGUACGGAGUGGACCUGCACCAGGCUAAGGACUUGGAUGGUGUUGAUAUCAUGUUGGGCGUUUGCUCCAGUGGUCUUAUGGUUUAUAAAGACAAGUUGAGGAUUAACCGUUUUCCAUGGCCAAAAGUACUCAAAGUCUCCUACAAACGCAGCAGCUUUUUUAUCAAGAUACGGCCCUCUGAGCUGGAACAUUACGAGAGUGCUAUUGGUUUCAAGCUGCCCAAUUACAAAGCUGCCAAGAAACUUUGGAAAGUGUGUGUGGAACACCAUACCUUUUUCAGAUUGACAUCUACCGAAGCUGCCACCACACCCAGAAAGUUCUUGGCUUUAGGCUCGAAAUUCCGCUACAGUGGACGCACUCAGGCCCAAAGCCGCCAGGCCAGCUCGAUGAUUGACCGCCCUGCCCCCCACUUCCAACGCUCGGCCAGUAAAAGGGCUUCCCGCAGUUUAGAUGGAGCAAUGGUGUCAACCCCAGAUAAGACGGCACGUCCUGUCAGCGCUCCGGUCAUGUCCCCCAUCUCCCCCAGCGAUGUGGCUCCUUCCCCCGUGGUGACAUCAGCGGCACGGCUGGAGCACAAGGAUGCGGCCACGCCCACUAGUCGCCACUCUCGCUUGGGCGACAAGAAGGGCGAGGCAAAAACGGAGUGCCGUGUGACAGAUGUCUCCAAAAAGCAGAGCACCAAACACGAGGGCACGCCUGAAAUCAAGACGGUUGCCCGGCGCGAGAGGCGGCACCGUGGCGCCGCGGCCGAGACUGCCGCCAACGGGGAGAGAAAGAGCCAGUCCCCGCAACCGGAUGCAGACAUGGUGCGAAUGCGGAAGAAAAGAGCUAAGAAAAUUGCGGGUGAAACUAUUUAUAUCAGGCAUAGCAAUUUAAUGUUGGAGGACCUGGAUAAGACUCAGACAGAGAUCAUGCGUCACCACAGUAGCAUCAGUGAACUGAAGCGCAGCUUCAUGGAGUCUGUACCAGCACCGCGGCCCAGCGAGUGGGACAAGCGGCUGUCCACACAUUCGCCCUUCCGCACGGCCAGCAUCAACGGCCAGCCUGACGCGUCGCCUGUGGUGAAGAUGCAUACAAUCACCAUUUCUGAUGUUACCAACUCCCUGCGCGGUGAAAUCGCCACCAAGGAGGUUCCGAUAGUGCACACUGAGACCAAGACCAUUACCUAUGAAUCUGCUCAGCCUGAUGCCCUGGCAGAGAAGGAAGGGUUGCUGCUUAGUGCGCAGACCAUCACCUCUGAGACUGUGAGCACCACCACCACCACACAGAUCACUAAGACGGUGAAAGGAGGAAUCUCAGAGACCAGAAUUGAGAAAAGGAUUGUGAUCACCGGGGACACUGAGAUUGACCAUGAUAAGGCUUUGGCUCAGGCCAUAAAGGAAGCAAAGGAACAGCACCCAGACAUGUCUGUCACUAAAGUAGUGGUGCAUCAGGAAACUGAGAUCACCCCAGAAUAAGAGACCCUCCAAAACACACGCAGGGGCAAAAUAAACCUGGAACCACUUGGCAAUGUGGAUGUGAAAAUGACCACAGCCCUGCUUCCCCAACUCCUCCGUCUCCUCUCACUCAGCGUUCUGACCACCAUACAGACCUACUUACCUCAGAGACAUGCACCUUUUCUACAGAAGGCUGUUACUAAUCCACACACACUUUGUUUCUCAAGCACUCCACUGCUCCACACUGCCUUCCUCUGAUCCCAAACCCUGGAAGUCAAGCAAACAUAAAGCAUGUCACUGCAAGCUGAGCCCCAAGAUCCUCAGACUCUGUAGAGAAGAACAGCAUUCUGUCCAGGAGGAGGUCAUCCACAGGCCAUCUGCAAGCAGCUCCCAUGGACUACACUUAGUGCCUACAUCUGACAUCUGCAUGGUACCCACUCAUUCUCUGAUGUCUUUCUAGACAUCUUGUCACUGACUGAUUCAUCUCCAAAUAUUUCCUAAUACAUAAAUUUAUAUGGAAUUUUCAAGACAGAUAUCAGUGGGUUUGAUCAUAUGAUAUUGGUGAAAAAAUUAAGGAUGUUUUUUGUUUGGGGAGGGGGCAGUAAACUGGACAAAUAAUUUAACGUAGAUUUAGGAUUCAUCACAUGGGGCAAGGAAGUAUCUCUCAUCAUCCAAUCAAAUUGUGGUUUCCACAAGCAAAUACAUGUAUUAUGUUUUUCUUAUGUAAAAUGUCAUUAAUGUAGCCUUGUUUUUGUGUAAAAAAAAAAAAAAAAAGUUAUUUUACUAAAAACAGGGAGCUAAUGCAAUUUUUUCCUCAUCUUUUAAAGAUAUGAAUAUUACUUUGUGAAUGUUGUCAUUAUGUUUUUUGCUGUUGUCUCUUUAGUUGUUCCCAUCAUAUAAUUUUUGUCAAAGUAGAAGGGGGCUGUGUUGGGGUGGGAGCAAACUGUUGUUAUAACUAUAUUCUAUUUUAUUUGUAUUUAUUUUCAGCCAUUUUAUAUUGUGUGUGUGUGUGUGUGUGUAUUCAGCAUUGUAGAUGACCUGCUCUUUUAAAAGCAGGGUCAAUGUAGUCUGAUGUUUUUGUAUUAGAUGUAAAAAAGCAUUCCAGUCACCAGCUACAGUUUAUUCUCUUUUUACUGGGAGUUGCAGAGACAGGUUUUUGUCUCACUUCCAUUUUCAGCAUAUUUCUACUUUUCUACCAAAGGGGGCAGUAGGUUCUCAUGCACAGAUGGCACAGAUAGAUAAAAAGCCUCAAAGCAUAAAUAACCAUUCACACUUCAGCUAAACUAGGAUUAGAAGUAUUAGAAUCUAUCAAGCAGAGUAAAUAGAUUCAUAAAGUAACUGAAAGGUGCUCAGAAUUACUUUCUUGUAAAAGGUUUAUUAUCUUCAGGAUUUCUAUUUUGUGAUCAAAUACAUUAAUUUAUAUUGACUUCUAAUAACUCUCAGUCCAUAAAACUUGAAUGUGAUAUGCAGAUGUUAUAAAUAUGAAGUUGUGCAAAUGCAUCUGUUUCUGUGACAUGGACUACUGCCCCUUAAAAUAAACCACUAUCAUUUUAAAGAAUCCAGCACAUACAGUUUUAAAAUGUCUAUUUUAAAACCCUUUUAUAAUAGUAAAUAGUACUCUGCAAAGAGGUGUAAUGUGCCUCUUUCAGUGUGGUCCUUCUGUUGUGGCACUCUUUUUGUUUCUGCUAGAGUGGAGAGAGAGGCAAGUCCUGCUUUUUAAAUCUCAGAUUAUUGUUGUUUAGCUCAUCUCUCCCUGCUAUCACUGAGAAAGAAUGCAACUGUAAAAUACACCAUGCACUCAAUAAACUCAAACUUAGACUCAUUGUUUACCUCCAAACAGUCUCAUGAGAACAGUGUUGGGUUCCUAUCCCCAUCUAUCUAUCCUGCUUUGUGGAGUAUUUUUGUUUGUUUGUUUUUUUACUGUAGAGCUGCACACAGUGUAUGAAUGUGUGGAUGGCAGAUGAAGGUGUAGGUGCCUUGCACAGGUUGUGCUUACUGUCUGCCUCCUUGACAGGAUGUUGAGAAGAAAUAUGUA